GCAGUGAUAAGACGAAUUUGCCGACUAACAAGAAGUAACAAUAAAACAAUAUUAUUGUAAUUUGUAUUUUGUAGCUGAAGUAGUUAAGUAGUUAGCGACUAACAAUUAUUAUUUUUUCACGUAUUAACUAUUAAGGCACCAAGGCAACAACAAUAAGUUCAAGUAAUUCAACUUCCUCUUCGAGUCAAUUUAUUUUAUGGACGUAUAGUGUUUGUUAACAUCAAUUGAUUAUUUUUUUAAAAAUAUUUAUUUUGUUUUGUGCGAGUCCCGAGUUUCUAAAGAGUAAAGAUGUCAUGGAUACCUUUAGAAUCCAACCCAGCUGUGAUGAACAAGUUUUUGCAAAAUUUGGGAGUGCCAAGUGAAUGGGAAGUAUGUGAUAUUUUUGGAUUUGGCCCAGAUGAACUUGCAAUUGUUCCUAGACCAGUUGCUUCUGUAAUUUUGUUAUUUCCGUACAAUGAUGCUUAUCAAAAACGUAAGAAUGAAGAAGAGUUGAAAUUAAAAGAUAAAGGUCAACAAGUAUCAGAUGAUAUAUAUUUUGUCAAACAAUAUGUUCACAAUGCUUGUGGAACCAUGGCUUUAAUUCAUAGUGUUGCUAAUAAUAGAGAUAAGAUAAAACUAAAUGCUGGUAUAUUACAACGUUUUUUGGAUGAUGGAAAAAAUAUGUCUCCAAGUGACCGUGGUGAAAUGUUGACCAAAGCCGAAGAUAUAAUAAAUACUCAUAGGGAAAUCGCUAUUGAAGGACAAACUGCGGCACCCAAUCCAGAAGAUGUACCACCUUAUCACUUUGUUGCAUUUGUUUGCAAGGAUGGAUGUUUGUAUGAACUAGAUGGCGGAAAGUUUGAUCCUAUUAAUCAUGGACCUACAAGUCCAGAUUCAUUGCUCGAAGAUACAGUUAAUUUAAUCCAAGAAAAAUUUGUUGUUCAAGAUCCUGAUAGUAUUUACUUUACCUUACUGGCAUUGUCAAAUGUAUCUGAUGCUUACUAAUAAUUGAAAAUUGCAUCGUUUUUAUAUUUGCUUUGUGAUGAAUUUUUAACUAAAAUUUUUUUUAUCUUCAAGCCGG